UUUUAGUUCACAAUCUAAUUCCCUAUAUUUUCUUCAUUAAAUUUUUAAAAAAUUGGUUUUAAAAUUAAUCAUUAAAAAUAUGUUAUUUUUAAAUUAUAUUAUAUUUAUAUGGAUGUUACACCAAAACAUAAUAUCAACUGAGGGACAUAAAAACCUAAUUAAGACUGUCAAGAAAAAAUUAAAAAAACUAAUUGAACCUCGUAAUGAUGAUAUUGCACAGGUGGUUGACUAUGAAACUAAUGAAGAAAGAAUUAAAAACAUGACAGUUUGUUGUAUAGAUAUCAGUGAUAAAAAAUAUUUUAUAUCCAUAGUCCUCGAAAUUAAUCAUUAUUUUAAUCCUAUCACAUCGGAUAAGAAUCCUAAAAAGUUGACGAUACCAAUUUAUACAACGGAAAAUCGUAUAGUGGAUGGUAUGCUAAAUGGUAUAGCUAGAGUUUUAGAAAAUGAAGAAACAGGCAUCAGUCUAUGGAAAAAAAUGAUUGAGAAAACAAAAACAAGUAGUGAAGCUUUAGAAAUUCUGGGAAGCAAAAAAAAAUUUAAAUUAUAUACGGAAAAACAAUACAAGAGUGGAUUUUUAUUGACUUAUUUAGAUUUCUAUAUACUAUCAGUUGUGAUUGAUAAAUGCAUUUAUUAUUAUGAACAUGAUUUUAAUAUAUGGAUGUUUUUCCGUAAAAACUGGCCUAAUUACAGCACUCUUGAUAUGAAGAAUGAAAAGUGUAUUUACAUUGCAGUAAAAGAAAAAUUCGUUUAUUCGAUUACUGAAGUUGUUGAUGAAGUCUUAAAACUCAAAGAAUGAUUUUUUUAAACACUUUUUCGUGAGCUAUAGAAGAACGUGUGUUUUAACAAAGAUACUGAAGAAUUAUGAUAUCAUUCAAAAUAUAUAAACUUUUCAUUACCUACAGUACCACAUUGAUAUUUCAUCCUAGUGCAUCAUAAAUAGUUCUAUGAAACAAUCACGUCAUCAAAAAUCUCAUUCAAUUGAUUUGGUUAUACAUAUAUGUUUUCAUUUUAAUUAUACAUAGUUAAUUUAGCGUUUACGUUUUAUACUUGAUUUUUUUUUAUAACAGUACAAAAUAGACCAAUUGACUCUUAUAACUUUUAUUUCAAUUAAUAUUUCGUUGUAAUUUUUAAGCAAUUAUUACAUUUUUAAACUACAUUAAAAACAUCUU